AUGUUAUCUCUAAAGGAUACCUAUUGCGAUGAUAUUUAUAGCAACGGCCAAAAGGAUCUUUUGCGGCGGGGCUAUAGAGACGAAAGGGUAAUGAUCCAUCAACCUGCUGGUUCUCUUUCUAAAGUAGCAACGAGAGAAUUCAUCCUGGAAGUGGGAGAACUGCUGAAACUACGUAAAACCCUGACAAGGGUUUAUGUAAAAGGAACGGGCAAACUCUUGUGGGUUGUCUCCGAAGACAUGGCGGUUAAGCUUUCUUACUCUCUUGUGUUAGAUUCUUGA